CGUCAUAAACCAGAGGUUUGCGGUCACGUGAGACAUGAGCUUUUUGUGAGCGCAUUUCCAAGGGUUUUUUGUACAUAACAUUUUGUACAUACGGUAUUCAAGUGAUGAGUUCGAGUAACACACAGAGGGCUGGGAAGAGCACCCGGGACCGGGGGAACAAGUCGCCGUCGUCGGGGACGGCACAGUCCCCCAAGUCGGCCAAUGCCACAGAUGGGCAUGCCAAGCCUCCCGACGGAUUCAACCCCAAAGUCCAGCCAACCCCCGAGCAGAUUCGGCUGGCACAGAUCAUCAAUGACCCGACCAAAUCAGAUGAUCCGGACAUCCAGAAAAAAGUGCAGCAGGUAAUGGAAGUGACUGGCCAGUCCAGCGAUGCAGUGGUUAUCGCGCUGCACGACUGCGACAACGACCCUGCUGGAGCCAUCGCCAUGCUCAUUGAAGGCAACAAGCAUGAGGGAGAGUGGGAGACCCGUGGCAAGAAAAAGAAAAUCCGCGAGAGUGCAGGCCAGAAGGGGGACGGUGUAACAGCCCCCCUGAGCAACAAGGAGAACCGGGGCAUGGCCCCCGGAAGGGGGGGCAGCGCCGGCCCCCGGGCCAGGGGCUCUUCGGGUCCCCAGGGGGGUCGGGGCACCUCGCAGAGGGGCAGCUGGAGGAACAAGGAGCUUGAGAAGAACGAACGCAACCUGGAAGACGGCCGUCCGGGAGACCGGGGUGGUGACGGCCGGCCACCUCCUCGGGGCAUCAGGCGCGGAGGCAGCCGUGGGGGCCGUGGCGGGGGGAAUGUGGGCGGGGGCCCCGGGCGCUCUAGCCGCACGUUCCAGAACCGUGGCUACGGGGGCCCCAGCGGGCCCCAGGAGGGCUUCCCCCAGGCCAUGGACACGUGGACCAACAACGCGGGAGGCCACAGGGACCAGCGGUCGUCGGCGAGGGGGGCCGGCCAGCACAGCGACUCCAUGGCCGUCGGCAACUGGAACGACCUGGCCGCGAGCGAGGACUGGAGCGAGGAGGACUGGAGUGGCCAGCUGGAGACGAAGGUGUUCACGGCCAGCAGCAGCAGCGGGGCUCCUCCGGCGCCUCCGGACACGGCCUCCAUCAUGCAGCUGCUCAAGGAGGUGCCCAACAGUGGUGGGGGGGAGGGCCCCUCCUCAGCCCCUCCGUCACAGCAGCAGCAGGCUCCCACGCUGAGCGUGGCCCAGUUCAACCAGCAGGCCACAGAGACCAUCAAGGCGGCCGUCGGGGUGGGGUCGGUACGGAGCACGUAUGCGGCUCCGUCCAGUGCAGUCCCCAGCGAGCCGGUGGCGUUAGUCCCUGCGGGUCCCAAGUCCGUGGCCGUUCCCCCCCGCACCAAGACACCCCGGGUGCGGGUGCCCCCUCCCUCCAAGAUCCCGGAGUCUGCAGUGGUGAUGCCAGACGAUGCAGUGGUCUCGUCGCUGGACGUCCAGUUUGGUGGCCUGGAGUUUGGCACGGACACCUUCGACUUUGGGGCCUCGGACGGAAUGGCCUCUGCCGCCGCCGCCGCUGCCGCGGCCUCCCACCAACCGGUGCCGGUGCAACAGGACCCGACGGGAGGGCAGGUCUCCUCGGCGGCCAGCUACCUCGACGCGCACUCUGUUGGGAAGGGCAACGCGGGGACCGUGCCCGGCCCCAUGGGCCCCGUCUCAGGUUCCGUCCAGGGGCUGGGGGCAAGCCAGGGGGUCGGCGGGGCCGGCGGUUCCCUCCACGGCAAGGACUCCGUGGGCGGCGCCCCCUCCUCUCUCUCCAUGGGCCCCCCCGUGCUGUCCGGCAGCAGACCCCCCGGCAUCCCCGCCCUGGGCUCCACGGGGGCCCCCAAGGAGGUGGGCCAGCAGUCUGGUCAAGGGGCCCCCGGCCUGGGGGGACCCGCCUCUGCAGCCUCUUCGGCCGCGCCCACGUCGGUCGCCGGGCAGAAGGUGGGCGGAGUGAUGGGGUCGGAGCACCUGCUGCUCCAGUCCCAGGGCGUCUCGGCUGAGCGGAGCAAGCCCGUGGCAUCCUCGUCUGCGGCUGGCCCGCAGUCCAAGAUGUACGGGCAGUCCGCCCAGAGGCCCUCCCAGGGAAUGGACGGUGGUGCGUCGGUGUCCAAGGGGGUGGGGGAGCAGCCCAUGUACUCGUCGGCGGGGGGCGGCCACCACUACUCGUCGUCCUCGUACCAGCAGCCGGGGGGCAGCAAGGGGGGCCUGGUGGGCUCCUCCCCCUACGCCACCCUGGCCCACUCCCAGCAGGGCUUCGCCAACUCGGCCUCCUCCUCCGCGCAGCAGCACUACUACAGCCCACAGCAGUCUACGGCUACCUCCGCCUUCGGGCAGCAGCAGCAGAGCAACGGCUAUCAGGGUUCGUUCCAGGGCAAUGCAUACUCGUCGGGGUCUAGCCAACAGCAGCAGCAGCAGGGGGGCUACGGAGUCUCUUCGAAACUGUCGGGCACGUCGGGAUUGGGCUCUCACUCGGUCAAGGACUCUGUGCUGGAGGCUGCGCAACAGCAGCAGCAGCAGCACACGUACGAGAACUCCCACGGGUCUGCGACGGGCGGAGGCCUCCCGUCGGGGCCGGCCUCCACACUGGCCACAACAGCCUCCUCCCUGGCGGGUGCCACUGCCACCACCUCUGUGCUCAAGAACUCUAUGUCUGCCACAGGCAAGACCCUGCCCAACUUGCCUCCCGGCGUGCCGGCUGCAAUGCUGAGUCAUCAGUACCUGGUGGGCAAUGCAGCCAUGCCCUUCUAUCAGCAGCCUUUGUAUGGCUACGAAGACCUGCAUCUGCUGCAGUCUAGAAUGCAACCCCUGAGCUACUACGACAUGCAGUUUCAAGUACCUACCACAAGCCUCACCGGCAGGGACCUGACGUUGAACAACAUGGCCUACGCCGAGGCCAAGUUUGGGCGGGGGGAGAGCAGCGAGAGCUCCCCCGGAGGAGCGGCGGGGGGCCCCGGGGCCAGCCAGGGGCAGCAGCACGCGGGGGGCGUGGGGGCAGCCGGGGCGGGGGCCGCCCCGGGGGGCUCCCAGCAGCAGCAGCAGGCGGCGGGCCAGCCCUUCCUCAACGCCCUGCCUCCCCCCUACGGCUACUACUUCACCGGGAUGCCCGGCUCCAUCCACCACUACGGGCCGCCGCCCAUGUUUCCCGUACCUCCAGCGACCAAUGCCCAUGGCCCCACGACAAAUGCGCAGUUUCAGAAAGCCAAUGCGUACGCCUCGCACACAUUCGCCUCUGGAGGGUAUGAGGGCCUGACGCAGACCCCGGACUACGCCAAAGGUGCCUACGGAGCGGGCUCCCAGGGACAGGCCAAGGGGAUCCCCGGAUCGUUGGGUUCGGCUGACGCAUCCAGGUCAGGGCACGCUAGAACCCACCCCCAUUUAGCAAAGUCUUUUGAGAAGCCCGGAUUCCUGGCCGUGACAGCACCAGCGCCGCCCCAACAGCAGCCUCCUCCGCCAUCGUCGUCUAACCCUUCGUCCUCUUCCUCGUACCCGGCCUUUGUGCCCCCCCGGGCGUCCCCUCCCUCCAUGGCCAAGCAGCACCACCAGCUACGCCAGGCAUACCCCUUCUGGGGGAACUGAAGGGACCUGUCCCCUCCUUCCCUGCUCUCCCACACUUGUUUGUCCCCCCCCCCCCAAUCCCCGUUUGUCAAGCCACUCGGAACUGCGCGUGACACCGUCGGCAGUGGUCUUUGGGACCUGGGCAAUCACUUACCUCGUGUUCUUCUUCUUCUUCUUCUUCUUCUUUUUUUUUUUUUUUUUUUUUUAGUGGUUUAUCUAUCAUUGGGUGACCCACUUUCAGAGACUCUCCUCAUGGUCCCCCUGUGACUUUUCUUGAAACAAAGCAUUGCUCUUCUUUUUAUAUCUAGAUUUGCUCAUUAUUAUUGUUUUUUUGUUUUGUUUUUUUUUUCCUUAAAGCUAGUGGCAGAAGCCGUCGGAUUGCAGUUCGUAAACGCUUCGGCACUCGGCUCCCAGGUUGUGUGCAUGCGUGUGUAGCCCUCUCACCUUUGUAGGGAGAGGGGGGGGUUGAGGGUGGUUGGUGACGUCUGCAAUCGUGCACCGGUGAGGCGUGCGGGCCUCGCCACAUUCCUGGUGAUUGGAGUGUAUAAGGCUCGUGCCGAGAGGGAGAAUCGCAGGAUCGGGGAGGGGGGUUGUGGUGUGCAGUUCAGCUCUGUGUGUGUGUGCGUGACUGUAUUUAAAGUUCUGACUCUCUUCGGUGUCUUCUCUUUUAUUCCUCUAGUUUUAAAGCGAAAGGUAUUUUGCUGCCUCAUGGACUCCUGUGUUUUUUUUCUCGUUUGAUUCGCUUCAUUAUUUUUACUUUUUUGGGGGGGCGGAGGGGGGGAGCCUUCUGCCAUCCAAAGAACUUUUUUUUAAGGAAGUUUUUUUUUUUUUUUUUGUCUUUUGCAUUUUAUCAUUUAUUACAUUUUGCUCUCAUUUGGUUUGAGUUUAAAACAUCCGGAGUGGGAAGCUCUGCUGGAAGCAGUUCUUCUACCUCAAAAGCGGCAGCCUGGGAUGGCUGUGUACCUGUGGUCGAGUCUUGUGUGCCCGUGUUCAUGCCUAUUCAUGCUAUCCGAAAAGUGCACGCAACCCCCUUCUCAUGUUCCCCAGAGAUCUGCAUCUCCCUUCUAUGUGAUGAUCAAGCUGCUCAUGAGCUGCGUCUUUCCUUAAAUCGAGCAACACGGGGAAGUUGAUUGGGAAAGGGGCCAAGGACUCUGUCUGAACCAGAGCUGGAGACUACUUGCUUUUCUUUCUGUUUUUUGCAUCUUAAAAUUCAGUGUAUUACCUGGUUUCUCAUUUCCUUUUUUCCAGCGCAUUUGUACCAAAUGUGCCUGUCUGUCAUCUUUUUUGUUUUUUUCUGCUCACUCUUUCUCAGCAGCAAUUUUGGGGUGGCUGCAGUACCACUUUCUACAGAAUCUUCUUGUCCCCACCGUAUGGUUGUUUUCUAGCUAAUUGACGAGUCGUCUUUUGUGAAGUCGGUAUAUAUAUAUAAUGUAUAUGUACUAUACAUAUUGUAGGACGAGUGGGCUCGAGUGGAAACGUUUAAAAAAAAUGUUUAAAGGUGGUGCAUAUGUGGAGGAGUAGGAGGAAAAACCAAUUUGGGUGGGGUGAAAAAUAAAUGUUUGUAUAUAAGUACUUUUUUGAGUGUAUCAAGCCUCGGAAGCCCUGUGCACGUUUGAUGUGGGUCAGCUGCGUGCUCAGCGAUGAGUGCACUUGGGGGGUUAGUGGUUUUUGUGUGGUGAGGAAACGUUAUAUAUAUAUAUAGUUUGUGACAAGAGGCUCUGAAAAAUAAAUAUUCGUCACUUGAUUUCAA